AUGGCGCAGAGGUACGAAGAUAUAACCCACUAUGGGAUGGACGGAGUAGGAAUCCCGAGCACGAUGUACGGGGACCCGCACGCCGCCAGAUCCAUGCAGGCCGUUCACCUGAACCACGGGCCCCAGCUCCACUCCCACCAGUACCCGCACACAGCCCACACCAACGCCAUGCCGCCUGGCAUGGGCUCAUCCGUCAAUGACGCUCUCAAAAGAGAUAAAGACUCCAUUUACGGGCACCCGCUGUUCCCACUUCUAGCACUGAUUUUUGAGAAAUGUGAAUUAGCCACUUGCACACCUCGAGAGCCCGGUGUGGCUGGGGGAGAUGUGUGUUCAUCAGAGUCUUUCAAUGAGGAUAUAGCAGUGUUUGCAAAACAGAUUCGAGCAGAAAAGCCGCUAUUUUCAUCAAAUCCCGAGCUGGAUAAUUUGAUGAUACAAGCCAUUCAAGUUUUACGGUUUCAUCUUUUGGAGCUCGAAAAGGUACAUGAACUCUGUGACAAUUUCUGUCAUCGGUACAUCAGCUGUUUGAAGGGAAAGAUGCCCAUCGACUUGGUUAUAGACGACAGAGAAGGAGGAUCAAAAUCAGACAGCGAAGAAAUUACAAGAUCAUCGGGGGCCCUUGAUCAGACUUCAUGGAACAGAGACCAUGACGAUGCAGCUUCUACACGCUCCGGAGGAACACCAGGACCAUCCAGCGGAGGACACACAUCGCACAGCGGUGACAACAGCAGCGAACAAGGUGACGGAUUGGACAACAGUGUGGCAUCACCCAGCACAGGAGACGAUGAUGACCCUGACAAAGAGAAGAAGAGGAAUAAAAAACGUGGUAUCUUUCCUAAAGUGGCGACCAACAUCAUGAGGGCAUGGCUCUUCCAGCACUUGACGCACCCAUACCCUUCAGAAGAACAGAAAAAGCAACUGGCACAAGACACCGGCCUUACUAUACUACAAGUGAACAACUGGUUCAUUAAUGCAAGAAGAAGAAUAGUGCAGCCCAUGAUCGACCAGUCCAACCGAGCAGUAAGUCAAGGAGCUCCCUACAACCCAGAUGGUCAACCCAUGGGAGGCUUCGUGAUGGACGGCCAGCAGCACAUGGGAAUCAGACCACCUGGACUACAAGGCAUGCCAGGGGAUUACCUGUCACACAGCGGCCCGGUGGGUAUGGCUAUGGGGCAACCAGGCUAUGGCGCCUCCCAGAUGCCCCACCACCCUGCUCAGUUGCGGCACGGCCCUCCCAUGCGUUCCUACAUCCCUGGACACCCCCACCACCCAGCGAUGUUAAUGCACGGAGGACCACCUCACCCUGCCAUGCCCAUGUCAGCCUCUAGCCCCCCUAUGUUCAAUCCAGGAGACCCUACCAUAGGAGGGCAAUUCAUGGACAUCCAUGCCCAGUAAUUUACUAAAACGGAUUCUUUAAAUGACUGCUACAGAUAGACAAGGAGCUGCGAUUGGUUUUUCUGGGGCUUGCCAAGCACCGAUUACAUACUGACAUUUUAUCGAGACUGAGGAGCUUGCAUCUUGGCUAUAGAUUCGGACCAAGAAAAAAAGCCUGAUAUCAGUACAUUAUGGGACACUUUAAAAGGAGGUGCCCUUUGCUUAGACACAAAAAGAGAGUGAGAGAAAGAAAGAUUGAAUUUAUUACUAUAUCAGCCUCUAAAGGGGAGGGAUGAGGACAUACUGUAUACUGUUGUAAAAUUGCAUUGGACUUUCAUAAGAACUGGGAAAAAAGUAUUGUAAAUGCUAUCGUAUUGUUCUGCAUAUUAUGUUGUUUCUAAUAGAUUUUUUUAAAAAAGGAUGUGAACUUUUUUCUUUCCACACUAUGUGUGUGCCAUUUCCAUAGACUUUUGGCCUCCUCCAUAAAUCACUUUGCGUUUAAACAAGAAAAAAAAUAUAUAUAUGUGAAUAAAUCAAUAAUUCAUUGAAUACAUGUUUGCCAGGCCAUUUUUUGUCCUGCGGGAGGGUGGAUUUCCCAUGACCUAUCAUGGCCUUAGGAAGAAACUGAGUGCUAUUCACCUGUCUGAGCCACAUCCUCCUGUCUUUCAGGAGGCCUCCAUUUUGCAUUCCCAAUUUGUACAUCAUAAUGGAACUGCCCCCAAAUCAAAUUAUUUUCACUUAACUUUACUGGAUGUGUGAGAAGCUGAAUGUGAAAAACAAGCAUUUGUGUGUGUGUGUGUGUGUGAGAGAGAGAGAGAGAGAGAGAGAGAGAGAGAGAGAGAGAGAGAGAGAGUGUAAAGCCAACCCAUCAAACUUUCAGCUAAAUUAUAAAUGGGAUUUGGGAUUCAUCUAUGCUUUUGAUUAAGCAAACCUGUUUUUGGGGAUAUUGGUUUAACAUGUUGCUAUCACUUGUUUGAAAUUUGAAGAGUUUAUGUAUACAUUGUAAAUGAAUAAAUUUUGUGUAAAAAGA